UGCGCUUGCUUAGCCCCUGCUCGAAGGUUUUCGUUAGAUAGAAAUACUUUAUUGCGGGGCAAAAGACCCCUCCAAAAAGCAGUGUUGAACCCUCCUUCCCUCGACAACUCCCACAACUCCCUCACACAACACCCCCCACAACACAACACCACAAACCACCACUACUACAGCAGCCAUGGAUAUCGACGCCCCGAUCGCAUACACGCCGUACACGGCGACGGCGGCGGGUGCCGCCAACAUCCUGUGCGCGACAUGCGGAGCGCCGAUGAGCGGGACGACGGGCAUGGCGAUGUGCGAGUCGUGCAUCCGGCUGAACGUUGACAUAUCGGAGGGGAUUCAGCGGGAGGCGUCGGUACACUUCUGCAACGGGUGUGAGCGGUGGCUGCAGCCGCCGCAGCACUGGGUUGGCGCGCAGCUCGAGUCGAAGGAGUUGAUGGCGCUGUGUUUAAGACGCCUCAGGGGACUCGCAAAGGUCAGGCUGGUCGAUGCGAGCUUUAUCUGGACGGAGCCUCACAGUAAGAGGAUUAAAUUGAAGAUUAAGGUGCAGGAUGCGUAUCAAACUACUUUCUUGGUGCAGACGUUCGAGGUCGAGUUCGUGGUGGUCUACACUCAGUGUCCCGACUGCGCGAAAUCGUACACACCCAACACGUGGCGGGCGUGCGUGCAGGUGCGACAGAAGGUUUCGCACAAGCGGACGUUCUUGUACCUGGAGCAGCUGAUCCUCAAGCACAAUGCGCACAAGGACACGAUUUCGAUCCGGGAGACGAAGGACGGGCUGGACUUUUUCUACGCGCAGCGCAACCACGCCGUCAAGAUGGUGGACUUCCUGAGCGCCGUCACGCCCGUGCGCAGCCAAAAGUCGUCCGAGCUCAUCUCGCAGGAUAUCCACACCUCGACCAAGUCGUACAAGUUCACGUACUCGAUAGAGAUCGUGCCGGUGUGCAAGGACGACCUGGUGUGCCUUCCCUCGAAGCUGGCGAAGCAGCUCGGCAACAUCCCGCAGCUCCUGCUGUGCACGAAGAUCGGCAACUCGAUCCACCUGAUGGACCCGAAUACGCUGCAGGUGGCCGAGAUCUCGAACCAAGUGUACUGGCGGGACCCGUUCCCGUCGCUCGCGAACGUGACGGAGCUGACGGAGUACUUCAUCUUGAACGUGGAGCCGGUGGGCCCCACACGGGGGAAAUUCAUCCUGGCCGACGUCGAGGUGAUGCGCAGCUCCGACAACCACCAGUUCACGAUCCGCACGCACCUGGGCGGGAUACUGCACCCGGGCGACGACGCAAUGGGCUACCACCUCACCGGCAGCAACUUCAACAACUCGCACUUUGAGGGCAUCCCCGACUCCCACGUCCCGCCCGUCCUGCUCGUCAAGAAACACUACCCGCGCCGCCGCAAGAACAAGACCCGCGCGUGGAAGCUCCGCCACAUCUCCCGCGAGGAGAGCGAGAUGCUGCCCCGCAAACAGGAUCAGGACCGUGCUGAACGCGACUACGAGCUGUUUCUGCGCGAGAUCGAGGAGGAUACCGAGCUCAGACAGACCCUGCAGCUGUUCAAGAGCACCAGGAAGAACCCGCCCAAGACGCAGAAGAUGGAUGGCGUCGAGAUGGAGACGGACGAUGCCGCUGCCGCUGCGCCGGCGCACACGGACGAUGAGAUGGAUGGCGAUGAGGACGAGGACGAGGACGGUGGUCUGCCGGAGAUCGGCAUGGAUGAGCUGCUGGAUGAGUUCGAUGAGCUGAAUAUGAACGAUGAGUAGGGGCGGUGAAUGAAGAAAAGUUUUGUUAUGUUGUAAAGUUCUGGGUUCUGGUAUUGCUGGGGGUUCGGUGUACUAGGAUACUUUUUGCUUCUCCAUUUUUGCUUUUGCUUUUGCAUGUCUGGUAGGUAUCCGCUGGGUUUUUCUUAUGUAUCAGGAUUUUUUUUCUCGAGAGGGAGAUCAGAGGGAGAUAGAAAUACCGAGUUUCUUUCGGCUGAGUGACGUGA